GUUCUGACUCGUGCUUGUGGCUCAAUUCCGACCUUAACUGAGUUAUCAAGUAAUAAGCCAAGUCUCAAGAUUUGUAUUCGUUACUUUCAAACGUGUAGUAAUGCUCAUGUUUUGAAGCCAAAAUAUGUGUGUUUCUUUGGUUAUCCUUCAUUCAAGUAUAGUCAUCCACAUCAGUUCCUGAAAACAACUGCUGCUCUACAGGGACAGGUUGUUCAAUUCAAACUCUCAGACAUUGGAGAAGGGAUUAGAGAAGUAACUGUUAAAGAAUGGUAUGUAAAAGAAGGAGACACAGUGUCUCAGUUUGAUAGCAUCUGUGAAGUUCAAAGUGACAAAGCUUCUGUUACUAUCACUAGUCGUUAUGAUGGAGUCAUUAAAAAGCUGUAUUACAAUCUAGAUGAUAUUGCCUAUGUGGGGAAGCCAUUAGUAGACAUAGAAACGGAAGCUUUAAAAGAUUCAGAAGAAGAUGUUGUUGAGACCCCCGCUGUGUCCCAUGACGAGCACACGCACCAAGAGAUCAAGGGCCACAAAACGCUGGCGACUCCUGCAGUCCGCCGCCUCGCCAUGGAAAACAAUAUUAAGCUGAGUGAAGUUGUUGGCUCAGGAAAAGAUGGCAGAAUACUUAAAGAAGAUAUUCUCAACUACUUGGAAAAGCAAACAGGAGCUAUAUUACCUCCUUCACCAAAAGCUGAAAUUAUGCCGCCUCCUCCAAAACCAAAAGACAAGACUAUUCCUAUACCGAUAUCAAAACCUCCAGUUUUUACAGGCAAAGACAGAACAGAACCUGUAAAAGGCUUUCACAAAGCUAUGGUGAAGACGAUGUCUGCAGCCCUAAAGAUACCUCACUUCGGGUAUUGUGAUGAAGUAAACGUUACUGAACUGGUUAAACUACGAGAAGAGUUAAAACCCAUUGCUUUGGCUCGUGGAAUUAAACUCUCCUUUAUGCCCUUCUUUUUAAAGGCUGCUUCCUUGGGAUUGUUACAGUUUCCUAUCCUGAAUGCAUCUGUGGAUGAAAACUGCCAGAACAUAACGUACAAGGCUUCUCAUAACAUUGGGAUCGCAAUGGAUACAGAGCAGGGGUUGAUUGUCCCUAAUGUGAAAAACGUGCAGGUCUGCUCUGUAUUUGAGAUCGCCACUGAACUGAAUCGCCUCCAGAAACUGGGCUCCGCGGGUCAGCUUGGCACCACUGACCUCACAGGAGGAACAUUUACUCUCUCCAACAUUGGAUCAAUUGGUGGUACUUACGCCAAACCAGUGAUACUGCCCCCUGAAGUAGCAAUUGGGGCUCUCGGAUCAAUUCAGGCCCUUCCCCGAUUUAACCAGAAAGGAGAAGUAUAUAAGGCACAGAUAAUGAAUGUGAGCUGGUCAGCUGAUCACAGAAUUAUUGAUGGUGCAACAAUGUCACGUUUCUCUAAUCUGUGGAAAUCCUACUUAGAAAAUCCAGCUAUGAUGUUACUGGAUAUGAAGUGAAGAUGGAUAAGGCUUCUUUGAACUUUCUGAGAUCCCACAGAAUAUGUAGAGCUUCGCCGUGCAAGCACAUGUUCAUUACAAUUUGUAUUAUAAAUGAUUUGUAUUGUAUGGUUAAGGUUCUAAGGCACAAUAUUUAUCACAUUUCUGUUCAACUUUUUACUGAAAAUAAAUACUGGUGUAAUAGUUCUUCGGGGGCUGUCACAUCUUAUAGGUCAUAGUGUCACUUCUUUAUAAGGUGCUGAGGCCUUUGUGUCAAUGGAUUGAAACUGGCAAGAACAAUAAAAUUAAUAUCACUGAAAGACAAGUAGCCAUAUACUAUGUACAGUAGUUGCCCUGUUUUUUUCUUUUUUUAAUUUUAAACUGACUCCUAGUGAAAUUUGAAUUACACUUGGGAAAGGAAAUUUAUAUGCAAAAAUAUUUUCCAUCUUCCCACAAUUAUGCUAACUGUAAUAUAAGUGCAAUUAUGUUUACCUUUUAAGGUAUCCAGGAGUAUGUAGAUUAUCAUUUGUGAAUGUCUUGUUUAUAUGAAUUAAUCCUCUUAAAAGGGAAAAUUAUAGGCUGAUAUUAAAAAUGCCUCCUUUUAGUUUUAUAACCAGUAAGGCUAUUAAAGAUGUUUGUUUAAAAUGAGUAUGCUUUUAGAAUUUUGCUAAUUUUUUUUGGUGUUUGGUUGGGAAAAAACUUUUCCUUCACAAACUUGCUUCAUAGACCAGAGGGCACUUUAAAUGUUGUAGCCACUGAUGUCUUACAUUCAGAAUCAGCUGCCUUUCCAUUGUCUGAUUUUCUUAGUAUUAUGCUAGAAAGUAGGAAAGGAUAAGAAAUUAAGGUCUAUUCUCCAAGUCCUGAGAAAGAAUGUAAAAGAUCCUAAUGGGUAAUUACAGGCACUCAAAUAAAGUUCAUCCAUUUUUUUUGAAACUCACUUUAAUCAGAGACAGAAUCCGGAGUAAUAUAAUCCACCAUUUUGAAAAUGAAUGGAAAACUCAUUGUGAAAUUUGUAAUGAAAGUAGUUGUUUUAAUGUCUACUUAAGAAUUUUCUAAAUGAUGUUUAGAGAAUAAUGAGU